UUGAUUAUUUUCUUUCAAGUUUUUCUUUGAGUAAAAGAGUUGUUGGACACACUUUUACGUGUGUUCAUGCAACAAGUUUCGAAGAACAGAGGUUUGGUUUUGGGGAUUCUCCCUUCAAUAUCUUUCAACCUUGCCCUUUUUACAUUCAAGAAAAUGGAAGUAAAAUAAUUUAACAAAGAAAAAUGAUAUGAAUUGUAGAAACUUUUAAUUUUCAAUCAAUUUUGUUUCUCUUGGGUUUGUUAAUCAGAAAAAAAAUCAAGCUUUGGAAAAAACAAAACAUUGUAGCAAACCUGAAUAGGUGGGACCUUUUUCAACAUUUUGUAGAGCAUAAUUUAAACACAGGAAAGAAGAAAAUGGAUCUUUGGGCAGAAUUUCAUGCAGCAAGUUGGGGAAGGGAGUUUGUAGCAGGAGGAUUUGGAGGAAUUGCUGGGAUAGUAUCUGGUCAUCCAUUAGACACAGUGCGAAUAAGGCAACAGGUCUUAAACACCGGUGGCCAUGGCUCAUCAUCAGCAUUCACCAUUCUUAGAAAUGCUUUGGCUAAGGAAGGACCUGCUUCUCUCUAUCGUGGCAUGGGUGCACCUUUGGCCUCUGUUACAUUUCAAAAUGCUAUGGUUUUUCAAACUAAUGCAAUUCUCUCAAGAGUAUUUGGCAAAUCUGUUUCUCCUAAUGACCCUCCUUCCUUCAAGGGUGUAGCAUUAGGAGGAGUUGGCACAGGUGUCCUCCAGAGCCUAAUUAUUUCCCCAAUAGAGUUGGUCAAAAUUCGCCUGCAGCUUCAUCGCAAUGAAAAACACUUGAUAGAACAACCACAUAAAGGUCCUAUAAUUGUUGUCAAGAAUGUAUGGAGAAAAGAGGGACUAAAAGGAAUAUACAGAGGACUGGGCAUCACUGUUAUAAGGGAUGGACCUUCACAUGGUGUUUAUUUUUGGACAUAUGAAUAUAUGAAGGGACAACUUCACCCAGGUUGUAGAAAAAGUGGUCAAGAAAGCCUCUGUACUAUGUUGAUGGCAGGUGGAUUAGCUGGUGUAGCAAGUUGGAUUGUUUGCUACCCUUUUGAUGUUGCAAAGACAAAGUUACAAGCUCAAACACCUGAUUCUUUGAAAUACAAUGGCACUGUUGAUUGCCUUAGAAAGAGUAUUAAGGAAGAAGGGUAUGGAAUUUUAUGGCGCGGAUUAGGAACUACAGUUGCUAGAGCUUUUGUAGUACAUGGUGUUGUUUUUACAGCUUAUGAGAUCACAUUGAGGUUAUUAUUUAAUAAUGAAAUUAUUCAAGUGCAGAAAACUAUUUAG